AUGGAGAGCACGCCGAGUGUGCUGCACGGGCUGUCGCCGAGCGAAGAACGGGCGCGGCGAGCCAAAGGUGUUAACUUCAUCUACCAGUCCGGCAUCGCAGUACAGCCACACGCACUGCCUCAGAUGACGCUGUAUGCCGCUGCCGUCUUCUUUCAUCGCUUUUACAUGCGCAUUAGCAUGGUGGAGGAACAUGGCGGGAUUCACCACUACAAAAUUGCUGCCACCGCACUGUUUCUCGCGAACAAGACAGAGGAAAACUGCUUCAAGACUAAGCAUAUCAUCAUCGCCGUGGCCAAGAUCGCACAGAAGAACCUCAACCUGAUCGUCGACGAGCAGAGCAAGGAGUACUGGCGCUGGCGUGACAGUAUCCUGACGUACGAGGAGCUCAUGCUCGAGACCCUCACGUUCGACCUCAUGGUAGCCAACCCCUACAACCAGCUAUGGACGCAGUUGCGGAAGCUGAGCCAGCUGCCGAGCAAGCCGAUCCGCGAGGCGGCCUGGACCUUUCUCAACGACGCCGCCCUGACGACGCUGCCGCUACUGCUGGAUGCGCGGGAUAUCGCGUCGGCAUCCAUCUUCUUUGCCAGCGUGGCCUCGGGCGUGAAGAUCAACGACGUGAAUGCCGAGCCGUGGUGGCAAUUCCUGGGAGCCAACCAGGACCGCAUUACGCGUGCGAUCCAGAUUAUGAUCGCCUUCUACACCGAGAACCCGCUCAAGAAGCAGAAUGGUGUCAUUCAGGGCUCGCCCGUGUUCUCGCUCGAGACUACGCGGGGCGCCCACGAGCUGUCGCAGCUGAACAGCAGCCAGCUCGACGCCGCCGCCUCCGCGCGCGGGAGCCGGCAGGAAUCCCGUGACAGUCGCGACGUCACGCCCAUGGAGCUUGACCGCAACACCCAGCCGGGCCAGCCGAGCCAGCUGAGUCAGCAGACCGCUGCCGGUGACGAUAGCGAAAAGAACCAUUUUGCCCCUGCCAGUCAGGCCGACUCGGACACUGCGCUGCUGUCGCAGACAGUCUCGGGCGAGUCGGACGUCGUGCUCAAGACGGUGGCCAACGACCUCGGCGGCCACCAUCACCCCCCCAGCUACUACAACGACACUGCCGAAGGCCGACUGCCCUCGCCGGACAAGAAACGCAAGAGCGCCGAUCCCGAGAUCGACGAGGCGCGCAACGUCGAAGAACCCCAGGCCAAGCGGACAAAGCAGGCCGGUGAUGAAGAUGCGGAGUAA